AUGGACCUGAUCCUCGACUAUAUCGUGCUGCUGUUGACACUUAUUACUUUCGUUUUGGCCACCCUUGCCGCGACAACCGUGCAGGCUGGGACCUUGCAGAAAUGGUGUCAUCUUCCCGGUCAACCCUGUGCUAUGCUUAAGCGAGCAGCCGAUGCCACCGGAGAAGUUCGUCGUUCAGCCGAUGCCCUCGCCGAGGCAAUGGCCGAUGCAUCCCCGGAAGCCGUUAGGGUCAAGCGAGCAGCCGCGGCCGUCGAUGAAUUCAAGCGUUCUGCGGACGCCCUUGCGGAAGCCAUGGCGGCCAUUGACGAGGACUAG